AUGCCGAAUCGUCUUUGUCACUAUCCGAAAGAUGGAGCUGGCAUACUGGUGAGGGGGCCAUGUGCUGUGAAUCCGUACGACUUUGACACGUGCGCUCAAAUAUGCGUCUAUGGUGAGUUUGCCCGGUCGUGGGAAGACACUUUCUAUUCCGGACAGGGAGAUAUCGUCAACGAAGUCCAGGGCGUCUUCCCGAGAGUAUAUGUUUGUUCCGAUGGGUCCCUCUGCUGCAACGACAACCGCCAAUGUUGCGCAGAUGGCAAAGGCACAUUUCUCGACGAAAACGGCCUCGUCACAACCAAGGACGCCGUGAAGGCCUUUGUGCACGAACCAGAAAGCACGCAAUCCUUCAGCUCCAGCAAGAAGCCAGAUGGUUUCAAGGGAGGCGAUUCUGUGGACAAUCCAGAUCCUCCGGACGUUUUCCCUCCCUCUGCCUCACCCACGGCCCAAACAUACACAUGGACGACCAGGCGUUCGACGACGGCGGCGCCAACGGGAUCGUCGACAGGAUCAUCUACGGGAUCAUCGAUGCGGACGGCAAUACCAACAGAGAAUACAGGAUCGGAGAAGGACCAGGACGGACAAGGCAGUUGGACGUUCAAGGUCGGUGUCGGGGCGGGAGUUCCCCUCGCUUGCUGCAUAUUGGGGUUUGGCGUGUUUUUGUUCCUCAACAGGAGAGGCACGGAAAGAGAUGCUGCUGUUGCGGAGCUGCCAGCUGUGGAAGUGAGGUUACUGGCUCCUCCUCCGUCUUACCCAGAGUCCAAGGCCUUGAAACCCAAGACUGUACCCGACGUGGAUGUUUCUGAGCUCGAGGCGAGCCCCCUUCGAGAGCAUGGGUUUUUUUGA